UCAGAAAAAUGGAGUGUUUACGUAGUUUCAAUCAAUUUCUCUGCCUUCUUUUGCUUUACUUGAAUUUUCAAGCUACUCUUUCAUCCUCCAUAUCUUCUUCUUUAGCAACACAAGUGUGUUCUCACGAAGAGAGUGCUGCCUUGAUUCAAUUCAAGAAGUCAUUUUCCUUGGACAAAGAUGCUUCUAAGGAAUGUGGCCAUAAUGGCAUCCUAUCUUAUCCUAAAACGGAUUCAUGGAAGGAAGGUACAGACUGCUGCUCAUGGGAUGGUAUCAGUUGUGACAAUGCAACAGGUCAAGUGAUCGGCCUUGACCUCAGUUGCAGUUGGCUCUAUGGUACCAUUCCUUCCAAUAGUAGCCUAUUUCUCCUUCGACACCUGCAGAAGCUCAACCUUGCCUAUAAUUACUUCUACAAUUCCAUGAUCUCACCUGACCAGUUUGGUCAAUUGGAGAAUCUACUGCAUCUCAACCUCUCUAGCUCAAGCUUUUCAGGUCUGAUUCCGAAUUCAAUAUUCUAUCUUGUGAACCUUACUUAUCUUGAUUUAUCAUCCAAUAACCUAAGUGGUUCUCUGGAGUUGAAUAUGUUAUCGAAACUUCACAGUCUUGAAGGUCUUGAUCUUUCAUACAACACUCUAUCACUGAACUCUGAUAUUGAUGUUGAUUAUACCUUGCCUAAUCUUCAGUAUUUGCAGCUGGCUUCUUGCAACAUUAGUGAAUUUCCCCACUUCUUAAGUAGAUUUGAAGUUUUGCAGCAUUUAGAUCUUUCAUAUAACAAGCUAUCACUGAACUCUGAUAUUGAUCUUGAUUAUGCCUUACCUAAUCUUCAAUAUUUGCGUUUGUCUUCUUGCAACAUUAGUGAAUUUCCCCACUUUUUAAGUAGAUCUGAAGGUUUGCAGCAUUUAGAUCUUUCCAACAAUAGAAUUUCUGGUCAGAUUCCCAAAUGGAUGUGGGAUGUAGGGAAAGACUCUUUGGCCUUGUUAAACCUUUCUCUUAACUCCCUUACAUAUUUAGAGCAACUUCCAUGGAAGAAUAUGAAAAUUCUUGACCUUCAUUCCAACUUGAUCCAAGGAUCACUUCCAAUUCUUCCUCUUGACACAAGAUACUUUUCAAUCUCAAAUAAUAAAUUGACCGGAGAGAUCAAUUCUUUCAUAUGCAAUGUAAAAUUUCUAUCAGUUCUCGAUUUGUCUCACAACUCUUUGGUUGGAACCAUUCCAAAAUGCCUUGUGAAGUUGAGCAAUCUUUUAGUGUUGAACCUGGGGAUGAAUAAGCUUAAUGGAACCAUUCCUUCAACAUUUGCCAAAGAUUGUGCACUAAGGUAUCUCAAUUUGAAUGGAAAUCUAUUGGAAGGGCCAUUGACGGAGUCUAUCAAAGAUUGUAGAAGCCUGGAACUGUUUGAUCUUGGCAACAACAACAUAAAUGAUACAUUUCCCCAUUGGCUGGGAGCACUACCGGGAUUACGAGUUCUUAUAUUACAUUCAAAUAGCUUCCAUGGUUCCAUUUAUGGUUCAAGGACCAAUCAUUCUUUUCAAAACUUGCAGAUUCUUGAUCUUUCCAACAAUAAUUUUUGUGGCCCUUUACCGGCUAGUUAUAUCAAUAGUUUGAAGCAAAUGAUGCAUCUAGAUGAAAACUUUGUGCCGUAUAUGGAGGAACAAAUUAAUAACUACAGCGUCAUUUAUAAUUAUUCUACUGGUCCUAUAAGGGUUAAAGGGUUUGAUAUGAUUGGAUCUGCCAAAUUUUUGACCAUGUACACAGGCAUUGAUCUAUCAAGUAACAAGUUUGAAGGAGAGAUUCCAAAAAUUUUUGGAGAGCUUAGUUCGCUCAGAGGGCUUAACCUUUCUCAUAACAGACUGAGUGGUCAUAUCCCGUUAUCAUUGGGAAAUUUGAUCAGUCUUGAAUGGUUAGAUCUUUCCUCAAACAAGUUAACUGGGAUGAUUCCAGAGGAAUUGGUAGGUUUGUCAUUUCUUGAAGUUUUAAACGUUUCCAAUAAUCAACUUGUUGGACCUGUCCCAUUAGAAAAGCAAUUCGCCACUUUUGACAGUAGUUCCUAUGAAGGAAAUGAAGGACUAUGUGGUUCUCCACUCUCUAGACCUUGCAUGAAUCCUGAGCCACGAUCACCACCAUCACCUCCACCACCAUCACCGACACUGAUGAACUCCAACAAAAUCAAUGGUUACAAAAUUGGAUUUGGCUGGUUGGACAAAGCUGUCUUCGUUGGUUAUGCAUGUGGAUUUCUAUUUGGAGUGCCUGUGGGAUACAUUGUUUUCCGUAAACCACAAUUGAUUGUGCCGUCAUGAUCAAUUUCGAGUUGAAGGUGAAUAUUUUAGAAAGGCAAAAAGGACUGCUUAGAAAAAGUGGUGUAAGAAAGAAUUAGCCAGAAAUAAGACAGUAUCGGAGGGAUAUCGUUUUAUGUAUGAGUUUAUUGAGCAUUUGAGCUUGUAAGUUGUAAGGAAAGAACUUAUCCUUGAAUGUAACAAUACCAUUUGUUUCUUCUUCUUUUCUAGGGACUCUUUGAUUGCAUGUUUCUAGUAAGCUUUGCCAAUGGCCUG